UAAGGCUGCGCGGAGCCGGUCAGAGUCACAGUUCUGUUAUAACAGUCUCAAGAUGAGGAACAUCGUCGCACUUCUCCUUGUUGGCGUGGUCGCCACCGGCGCCCAGGAAUCGACAGUCGCUCUCGAAGGACCCGGGAACUUCGUGUGUCCUCACGAAUUCGGUUUCUACGCCCACGAACUCUCCUGCGACAAGUACUACUCGUGCGAGGCCGGCGUCCCUACCCUGAAGGUCUGCGGCAACGGCUUGGCCUUCGACAACAGCGACCCCGAGAACCUGAGGGAGAACUGCGAUUACAGCCACAACGUUGACUGUGGCCUCCGCACCCAGUUCGAACCCCCCAUCUCCACCCCCCACUGCCCCAACCUGUACGGCAUCUUCCCCGACACUGAUGACUGCUCCGUCUUCUGGUCCUGCUGGGACGGUGAGGCCUCCCGCUACGCCUGCGCCCCCGGCCUGGCCUACGACAGGAAGUCCCGCGUCUGCAACUGGAUGGACAACAUUCCCGAGUGCAAGCAGCAGAGAGACGCCAUGCAGCAGGACUUCGUGUGCCCCGCCCCAGGAGAGCUCGCAGCCACCGGGUCCUUCAGCCGCCACGCCCACCCCAACGACUGCCGCCAAUACUUCAUCUGCAUCGACGGCGUUGUUCGCGAGUACGGCUGCCCCAUCGGCACCGUGUUCCAGAUCGGAGACACUGACGGCCUCGGAAAGUGCGAGGACCCCGAGUUCGUUCCCGGAUGCGAGGACUACUACGGUGAUCUCGACCUCGCUGCCAUUCGGGGAAGCCAGCUGCUCCUCGGAAACCUAGGCCUCCAGAAUGGCGGAAAUGCAGCCCGGUCCCGACGCCCUUCAGCAGCAGCAGCAGCAGCAGAAACCCCUGCUGAAACCCAAGCUUAGAGUUGUUGAGGAUUACUAUGGCGACCUCGACUUGAAGACUCUGCGCGGUCUCGGAUUGUAAAAUAGGAUCUAGCUUGUAAAAUUCCGCAACCUUUUAGACAAACAAACAAAAAAAUCAACUUAGAGAUUUUUUUUUUACAUAUAUAUACACAACCAAAAGUUACUCGAAGUUGAGCUUCAUGUCCCCCCUCCUCCUACCCCCUCCCCCAACCAAUUUCGUCUCCCCUCCCCCCUCUCCCUCUCCCCUCCCCCAACGUUUUGUAGGAUAGCUAAUCGUUCAUCAAAUCUCUCAUCUUUUCAUACUCGUCCUGAGGUUUUUUUUUAUAUAUUAGACUCGGUGUACAUCGCGGGGGGAAAAAAAAGCCUUUUCGUGAGGGUUUCCACACCGUGUACACGUUUAGGAAAACCUCGGUACAAACAACAUCAUUCAUUCUCAAAAAUUUAGCUUACCUACGUCUUCCCCCUAACAACACCUGGCCCCCCCCCCCCCCGCCGCGCUAGUCAGGAAUAAUAACACGCUGUUGUUUUUUUGUUAACAGCAGCUGAUAGAAGAAAAUAAUAAUAAACAGAUAGGAAGAAUAGCCAAAAAUAAAUAAAUAAAUUGCUAGAAAAUAACCCAAAAAAAAUGAACAAACAGAAAAAAAAACUCAAAACAAACAGAAAAGAUUCGGUCACAAAAACAAAUCGGGAAAUACAUAGAGAAAUUUCAUCCAGUAUUAACUCCAAGGAAACAGUUAGGUUCAGUGAAUUUGUGUUUCCUUCUCGACCUUCCAAGGGCCAACACUCUCAACAUGUCCCUGGCAGCGUGCCACUGUUGUAUAUUGUUAAGUUGAACAAUAGUUUUAGGUAUUUUGUAAAUAAAGAUACCCACUGAAA